AUGUCACGGAGCGGACCUGCACCUCACUCUACGACGCCGGCAUCAACGCAAUCACCGCCUCAAGCUCACUUCACCUCCCAGCAGGGUCUUCUUGCUCGAGAUAGCCAAGCGUUCCAGGAUGUUGCCAAUACCCCUUCCGCAGCCGGCGAGAGACACCCCCAUGCUCCACGGUCCUUGGGCAUCAGAGGGUUGAUCAACCCGUCCGAAGCGCAACAGGAAGGCUCCACUGGCGAGUCAUCGCAGCCUCGAACAACUGACAGUCAGACCUCACCGUAUGGCAUGCCUCCGAGGCAAUAUAGCAUAUCUGGUGAUCGUCCAUUUGCAUUCCAAGGUCGCAGCCAUCCCAGUUCUCAGCCCGCUACUCCAGCUGGCCACCCGACGACGACACCGUUGGGCCACACACCGUCGGAGCACUCGCCCAAGAGUGGAUUUCCCUUUCCCCCCAUGGGUGCUCCGAGGCAGAUCCUUAGUCCUCGAGAAGUUCGCGCAGCCAGUGUGAGCCAGGCGAGUAUGCGAGGCCCCGAGCCACAACAGACUCCCUUUCUGCCGCCCCACGCGCCGCGAAUGAAGCGCCCUUAUCCUGGCGAGGACGGUCCUCUGGAACCUUUUCGUUCAGCAUCUGGUCUGCCAUUCUCCGGACCGCCUUCUCUAGGACCCCCGUCAGCGGGAAUGGGACCACUCACAACACCGCCACGUUCCAUGUCUCAAUCCAUGGUUGGACAUAUGCAGCCCGGCAACCCCGAUCGGCCACAACUGCCCCCUAUGGCACGAGAUUCUCACGGUAGGCCCCAAGAGUAUCACGGCCAACCAAUGCUGCCUCCUGGCCAAAACUAUCCUCCGCCACAGUCGCCAGGCGUCCCUGUCUGGUCAACACCUGGUGCCGGAACCUCUCUAUAUCAAAGUCUGCGGUCAGACGUUACAAAGGCGGAAGGCGGAAUGGUGGUCAGGCUACCGGGAGAUGAGGGAGGCAUACUCAUACCUGUAGAUGUGCAUCAGGCGUCGAAACAGGCAGACGAGAAACGCCAACGAAAUGCCGGGGCGUCGGCACGCUUCAGACAAAGGAAGAAGGAGAGGGACCAGGAACAGACGGCCAGUCUGCAAAAGUUGGAGCAGCGGGGACGCGAUUUGGAGGUGAGAGUACGAGAAUUGACCCGAGAGAGGGACUUUUACAGGGACGAGCGAAACCGCCUUCGCGAUGUGGUUCUACGAACGCCUCUCAGCGACAUGGCGAACGGACCUCCAAGCCCGACGUCGUCGAGAAGCGGAGGGUCCAUGGCAGAGACCAGCCCGAUGGCGCAAGCUCCGAUGCUGCCCCAUCAGUCUCAGGGUUACGCCUCGAGCGAGGCAUCCUCGGUGGAACGACCGACGCGAAGACGUAGGACCGACUCAGCCCCGCCUCCAGAGUUCUCGAUGCCGUCGUAUGGCACUCCGAUUCCUCAGGCUGGGAACCUGCCGCCCAUGCAGGCUCCGGCGUAUAGCAUGAUGCCGCAGAGGCCACCGUCUACGGCGCCUGGAGGAGAGCGACUGCCACCUCUUCGCGGCAUGGAGGGUUCUUAUCCUGGUCAGGAGUCGGGGCCAGGUGUGUCUGCCGGUGGCCCCUUGUAUCCCAGCUACACGCGCGUUCCUCACGAGACGGGAUUCGCGAGCAGAUCCACCGGUCCGCCGCCGGCCGGUCACCACGGGCAUCAUGUCCACGAGGCCGGCCCGCGGUAG